AUGGCCAGAUGGAAUCGCCUGAUCACUUGGGGCCUCCUCUUCCUCUGCCUCCAACUCGCCGUUGCCCAUGUUGCGAUCCCACUUAGACGACAAGAGACGGAGACCGUGACCUCGGCUACCGCCAUUGCCUCUUCCAUUCAAUCCGAAAGCACACUAGGGGCCGAGACUACGACAUCACCGGCAUCGUCGCUAAGGCCAACGCCGGCCACCACCACGGCCUUGGUUCAGUCCUCCGACAGCACCGCUAGUGCCUCACCCAUCCCAACUGUGUCUGGAGGCAACACCCACGGCAACUCCAGCUUGUUCAACGCCACCAUCCCUGAUGGACAACUGCCCCUUCAGCCAGUCAUCACACCCGGUUGGGCCGUGGCCGGCGUGAUACUCAUGUGCACAGGUCUUGUUUAUACCCUGGUUGGGAUCAAGAACACCGUCGUGCACAAUGCCUUCUCGGUUGCAUACGUCGUCGGCCUGGGUAUAUCGGUUUUGAUCGUCUAUGUCAUGGUCAUGCCGGUCUCCAACGCGUCUCAGGGAGCCUACGUUGUCGCCGCCGUCUUGCCGGCUAUUUUUGCCGGCGUUCUGUCCUCUUGGUUCUUCAAGGAGAUCACAGAGUGUCUGGCGUGCGCUCUCGGCGGGUUUUGCUUUGCCAUGUGGCUUCUGUGCCUUCACGACGGCGGUCUGCUUUCGGGUAUUGCAAUGGUCGUCUUCGUCAUUGUCUUCACUCUGGCCGGGUUUGCCACAUACUUCACCCGGUGGACACGCGAUUGGGCCCUGAUGAUCACCAUCUCUUUCACUGGCGCCACCGUGACUGUGCUCGGCAUCGACUGCUUUAGCCGCGCCGGGCUAAAGGAGUUCUGGGCCUACGUCUGGGGCCUGAACGACAACCUUUUCCCGAUGGGCGCCGACACAUACCCCAUGACCAAGGGCAUUCGCGUUGAGGUUGCCGCGAUCGUGGUCAUUUUCUGUAUCGGCAUCAUUUCCCAGAAGAGGCUGUGGAAUGUCAUCAAAGACCGACGUGCCAAGCGAGACGAGGAGCUGGCCGAGGCGCAGCGUGCUCGCGACGAGGAAGAAGCCAACAUUGGAAAGGAACUCGAGGCACGGAACGCCCGCGAAAGACGGGCAUGGGAAAAGGUUCACGGAGACUAUGUCCCCAACGGCUCGGACCACGACUCCGGCUUCGCUCCCGACAGUGAGAGCGAAAAGGCUAUCCAAUAUAGCCAAAGCACCGCCAUCGGUCGGUCGCAGGAUCCGCCAGUGGCUGAAAUGGAAGCCUCGGAUGUGCCUCCCAUCGCCCCUCCCAAGCCGACGGCCACGGCCCUAAUGGUCUCAGAGAAGGAAAAGGACGGUAUGGUGACGGUGCGGGUUGCAGCCGACGACACCAUCACAGACUCUGACGCUGCAGACAAGGCGGUCGGUGAGACGAAGGCGGCUCAGCAAGGCACCCCCCUUGUUGAGAACGCACCAGAAGAAGUGGCGCCGGCUCCCGAGGUGGUGCCUCUACCGUUCAGGUUCCCGGUUGCGGAAGAGGCCCUGGCUAGGGAGAAGGGGGACAGAUCCACGAUCGCAACGUUCGCCGACGAUGACGAAUAUGAGGCCGAUACUGGCAGCAAGCGAAACUCUCUGGCGAAGCGUCUUUCCCGGAGCUCGGCACAGCUCAUGCGGAAGGUCUCCCAGCGCACAUCGGCAUCGCUUCGUAACGCAGACGGACUGGCCGAUGAGGAGCUGAUGGGACUCAGACGGCCGGAAGACGACGACGACGCCGGUUCCAUCGCCGCGACGAUCGAUACCCAGAAAGAUAGCGCCGGAAGCAUCGACCGUCAUUCACUCCGCCGCAGUAUUGAGGUCAACGCCCAGCUUGCCGAUGGAAAGCCAGCGGAUCAGAAGUCGGAGAGCGAAUCGACACAUGCAUCUCGACAAAGCAUGAACGGCGAAGACAUCAACAAACGAGUCUCGGCGAUGUCAAUUACGUGCGACGUCGCGAACGGACCACCGGCCACGGAGCCCGUAUCCCCGAUCAUCGCCGAGAUGCCGGAGGAGGAUGUGAAGAGCCCUGACGGCGACGCUGCCAAAGACAGCAUCACGUCGAAGCAGCAAGAGCAUACAAGCCCCGAAUCUAGCCUGCAGCCGGCUGGAACCCCCUCCCAGAAAGCCAAGUCCACAGCCUCGGUCGAUUCUGCACCCGUCAAUCUAACGUCAGACAGCCUGCCGCCUAGUUUUUCUAACGUUGCGCUUCACUACCGGACAAACGAGUGGGCGAAGCAUCUCAGCCACGCAGAAGCACCUGAGCCAGACGUCUUGCUGCUGGCCGAGGACAGGCCGCCGACACGGGAAGCCCCGGCUCCUGUGCACGUCGAGGAGCUUCAGCAGACGGCCUCGUCCGUCACGCCAGCCCCAGUGCCCACCAAGUCGCCCAGUCCCAUUCAACAAAGACAUUUGUCCAGCCACGCGCCGAGUCGCGGUGGCCACUCGAGGAACAACUCGUACCAGUCCCACCGCCGAGCGUCAAGCAAGACGCAGUUCGAACCCAUUGCGGAGGAGGACGUGCACCACGUGGCCUCCAAAGCAGUCAGCACAAGGAGCGGCAGCUCUGGUCCAUCAUCCGCAUCUCCCGCCACCCCCGUCGCCUUCGAGCGGCCGCCUCCGCCUCCGGGUAUUGUGUCAUACGACAGUCCCCAGAGCCUCAUCGCGCAACGGAGCCUCGCCCUGCACAACAAGACAUACGGACUCUUAACUGCUGGCGGCAUCACGACACCCGAGAUCCCCCUCGCGGCAUACCGUCCCGCCAGUGAAUCCGGUUCGAUGCACAAUUAUCCCCUGUACACGCAACAAAUGGCGCCAGACUCGUUGGACGACCUUCCUCUGAGCAAACGCAAGGAGAUUAUCCGCCGCCAGAGCAGUCUCGGAACGUCGCAUUCGCUCGUGGGAGAUCACAGACCACCCAGCGGAGCUUUCAUGCAUGGCAUGUCAGCCGAGAGCGUGGCCUUCGACUCCCACCAACCCGUACGGUAUUCCACCGGGCCGUCGCAAGAGGCCCGCGAGGCCAAGCUUGCCAGCUUCCGCAACUCUGUCCGAGCCGAUCUCCGCGCGAGCAUGGCCGCGGCCCCUGUUGGUUCAAACGGUCGCGACACGGCUCUGAGCAUGUAUCGUUCGGCGAGUGCGACGAGUCUCGCCGACCAGAACGGUGCCCGCGAGGCCGAAAUACAAAGGAACAUUGACCUGCAGCGGGUCUUCAUGAUGAGUCAGAAGGACGCCGAGGCCAAGCGAAAGGAGAAGGAGAGGCUCGAAAAGGAGAGGUCGGACCAGGCCUUCACGGCUCGCAUGCAAAGCGGCGAGAUGUUUGACGCGCACCGGGAAGCGAUGCGGAGGAUGCAGAGCCGAACGAGAAACGCCUAA